AUGUCGUUGUCCGUCGUUUUCUCUCCGCUCGGGACAGCCUCGUCUCCUGCCGUUGAUAUCGUAGCCGUUCACGGACUCGGCGGCGAUACCUUCGCCACCUGGACGCACCCCGAAUCGAAGAAGUUCUGGCUGCGAGACUUUCUUCCCCAGCAAAUCCCUGAUGCCCGCAUUAUGACCUUUGGCUACAAUGCCGACGCUGCAUUCGGACACUUGCUGGCAAGCUUGGUGGAUAAGAGAGAGGAGCCGCAGGAGAUGCAGCGCCCUCUUGUAUUCAUCGCCCACUCUCUUGGCGGGAUUGUGGUGAAGCAGGCAUUGUUCCAGGCACGGCUGGAGGCUCGAUACCAGACGAUCAAGGAUGCGACUGUGGGCUUGAUCUUCAUGGGCACGCCUCAUCGAGGCAGUGACAAGGCGGCGUAUGGUAAAGUGUUGUCGAAUGCCGCGCAGUUUCUCAGCCAUCGUCCACCUCAGCGUCUUCUAACCGCGCUCCAAACGAACUCGGAUGUCCUUCUCCGAUUGACCACGGAUUUCCGCUUCCAGCUACCUGACUAUGAGGUGUAUAGCUUUUUUGAGCAGCGGCCGCUAAAGGGUCAUUCGAGUUUGAUUGUAGAGAAGCACUCAGCCCUCCUCGAGACGAACCAUGAAGAACAGAUUCCGGUGGACGCCGAUCACCGCGCGAUGUGCAGGUUCGCGACGGACCAGGAUGUGACCUAUGAGAGGGUGUACAAGAGAGUCAAGAGGAUGAAACUACGUCCGCGGCAUCUAGUAAAUGAGCAAUCAGGUUCAUUUCAAGGAAGACAGGCCGAUUAUCCAGAUACGUCGAUGCCGAUGCGUAAUUUAGCGAUUUGCCCUGAAGAAGCGGGACGACGAGAGGAGGCGCUGCUGCUGGCGCAGGAGCUGGUGACACUGCGGAAGAUGACGCUCGGGGCGGAUCAUCCAGAUACGUUGAGGUCGAUGGGAGAUCUAGCGGCCCAGUACAGCGACGUGGGGCGACGAGAAGAAGCUCUACUGCUGGCGAAGGAGGUGGUGGCACUGCGGAAGAUGAUAUUUGGGGCGGAUCAUCCAGAUACGUUGAGGUCGAUGGGCGAUCUGGCGGUUCUCCUGCGGUGUGGGACAACGAGAUAA